UGGUCGCGCUGGUCUCGCGGGGCGGGCCGCGAAGAGCCGCCUCCGCCGCCGCACCGUACCUGUCACUUCCCUCCCCUCGGCCUGCUUGGCGUCGUCUGGCGUCGGCCCGCUGCUGGCCUGGGGCCUGGCCCCGCGCCGCUGGCAUGAGCCGCGUCAUGAGCGACGCCCCGAGAGCGUCGCGACGCUGCAGCGGCAGGACACGGUCGGCGGCCGCCCCGACAUACUCGCCGACGCCCGCGCGGAGGACGCGUACCGCGCCCGCGCCCGCCCGCGCCAUGCCUUGGUCGGCCAGCCGGAGGUCGCCUCGCUCGGGCUCGUCGUCGUGAGAAGGAAGUGCGUCGCCGUCCUUCAUCGGACUGACACUGCGUGUGCGUCGACGCAGUGCGCGAGGGGUGCUGUGCUGAAUGGACUGGACUAUCGUGUGCUCCGCGGUGAUGUGUUGGCGGCGGAGGCCCCGAUGUGCGUGAGCGUGAGGCGCGGCGCGCGCGCACCCCGGGCCCCCGCGGCCCCAGCAGGCCCGCGCACCGCGCGCGCCGCCGGCCCGUGCCCGCCGCCCUGUCUAUGGGUGUGCUGGCGGCAAAGAUCUGGGCCGGCCCCCAAGCCUGGAAGCAGGAGCAGGCCCAAGCGGAGGGGGCCGGCGAGCACGAGCUCCUGUGGAGGGUGGUGAGCAUGGAUCCGGCCUGGCUCAACGUCCGGCCGCGGCCGCACCCUCGCCCGCGCGGCCUCAGCCUCAGCCUGCUCGAGUCCAUCAGCCCGGCGUCCAGCGCCUCGGCCUCCGGCGCGGCCACGGCGGCGGCCUCGCCCGUCAGCGCGCCCAACACGCCGCCCUCCAGCCCCACCGCCAAGGAGUACCUCUCCCGGCUACUCAAGUACAACAGCACCCGGGGCAGCUCGCGGAAGGCCCGCAAGCGCGUCAUUUUCAAGCACGGCGACGUGAACGUGGUGCAGAGCAACGUGGCCAAGCGGAGGCGCCGCUACCUGCAGGACAUCUUCACCACCCUGGUGGACGCCAAGUGGCGCUGGACGCUGCUCGUGUUCGCCCUCAACUUCCUCCUGUCCUGGCUCGGCUUCGCAGUCAUCUGGUGGCUCAUCAUGCUCACCCACGGAGACCUCAGACCAGAGAACCUGCCGGGCCAGGACACCCAGUGGACGCCCUGCGUCACGGGGAUCAACGGGUUCGCGUCGUGCUUCCUGUUCUCCGUCGAGACGCAGCACACGAUCGGCUACGGCGGCCGCUCCACCACCGAGGAGUGCCCGGAGGCCAUCUUCAUCAUGUGCCUGCAGAGCAUCUGCGGCGUCAUGAUCCAGGCCUUCAUGGUGGGCAUCGUGUUCGCCAAGCUGUCGCGGCCUAAGAAGCGCACCCAGACGCUGCUCUUCUCGAGGCACGCCGUGGUGGCACAGCGCGACGGCCAGCCCUGCCUCAUGUUCCGGGUGGGCGACAUGCGCAAGUCGCACAUCAUCGAGGCGCACGUGCGCGCGCAGCUCAUCCGCCGGAAGACGACGCGGGAGGGUGAGGUGCUACCGUACCACCAGCAGGAGCUACAGGUUGGCGGCGACGGCGAGGAGGACAAGAUCUUCUUCAUCUGGCCCACGACCAUCGUGCACAAGAUCACGCACGAGUCCCCCCUCUACGCCAUGUCGGCGGCGGACAUGCUGCGGGAGCGCUUCGAGAUCGUCGUCAUCCUCGAGGGUGUCAUCGAGUCGACGGGUAUGACGACGCAGGCCCGGUCGUCCUACCUGCCGAACGAGAUCCUGUGGGGCCACCGCUUCGAGCCCAUGGUGUCCUUCAAGAAGGAGCAGGGCGAGUACGAGGUGGACUACUCGCUGUUCAACAAGACGCGGGAGGUCGACACGCCGCUCUGCUCGGCGCAGGCGCUCGACUCCAUGUUCGCCGUCGGGGGUUGGCGAGACGCCUCGCGGGCGGCCGGCUCCGCCACGGGCUCCGACAAGUUCGAGAUGACCACCCACACGAGCAGCGGCGCCGGCUGCGCCUGCGGUGCCGGCGCGCACCACAACCUCCUGGGCAGCCACGGCGGCCAUGUGGCGCUGGCGGGCUUGGUGGGGACCCCCGUGGGGGAGUAUACGACGCCCGCGCCGCCCACCGCCGACGAGUGCAACGAGGUGGUGGUGGUGGCGGCGGCUCCUGCGGCCGCGGCUCCCGCCGCCCUCGGGCCCGCACCGGGAUGAGCGAGCUGCAGGAGCGCCGGAGAACGCCCUCGACGAUCUAUCCAGACGUGCUGGACGCGACUGGACGCGGCUGGAGCCGACUAGGGAGUCCGCGCCCGCACCCGCGGCUGACACUGACGGCCGCCCAAACCUGGAGGGCCCCGCCUCCCGCGGGCGGCAGCCCAGAAACCAGGUCGGUGCCGGGCCGACACCUGGACGACGACGUGCGGCUGACAACAACAUAUCCUGACGGACAACGAGACGCCGAAGCAUUGUUUUGCAAGAGUGUUCAAAAAGGAAAAAAACAAGACAUGCAAAGAAAAACAGCCGUCUAAAGACGUCGUUGGUUUUUUUCUCUACUUUUUUAUCGCCUUUUCUUGAGUGAAUUACUAGUGACCCGGCCGCCCCGAGACGCGAACUUGUCGGGCUAUAGUGAUUAUAAACACUGUGUUUUGCGCCCGCCUCGUCUCGCGGGACGGUCCCCCAGACUCGCCCCGGAGCGGCGAUCAGCUCCAAAGUGAUUUUGUGAUCUUUUCUACUACUUGCAAACAGUGAUAUAGGUGAUAGUGAAGGAGAGCGUGGAGGUGUGAGUGAGUGCUGUGUUGUGAGCGGAAGGAAGAGUGACGCUGAUGGUGCCGUUACAUGUCUCUGUGGCUGUGUCCCGCCGUGUCACCACUAACAAGUGAGAAGAUGAAACUGCGGUUUAUGUGCGGUAACGGGACAGGAUAAUUCGACUCAUCUCUCUAGGCCUGCUGUUGGAAACUGAACUGGCUAGUCUCGGCAUUUUAUACUGCUUUAUUUUGGUAAAUAAGGUCAAUAAUAAUGUAAUAAUUUAUUUUUUUGUGAAAAAUAUAUUUGUAAUACUUGGUAGUAGUGACACGGUCACCUGCUCCAGAAGUUAGUGCCAAACUCUUUUUAUAUGUAUUCCCGGUGAUGUAAACUAGUCUGAUUUUCAUGUGACCGCAAUAUACCCUAUUUGGCAAAUUUGUAUUUAGAAAACGAGCUGUGCCAGCUGUGAGCUGUUUCGUGUGACUAUAUGAAGACUCUAGUGUUAAAUUAUAGGACUUUAUGACCAACAAUUUGGCGGCACCUGUUUCAUGAUAAUUUUGCUAAAAGCAAUGUUUCAAGCCUUGUAAAGACAGAGUAUCAAAAAAGACUUCGCUCGAUGUAGAGCCAAACUUCCCGUGUGAUAUGUUGUUCUAUCUUGUUUGAUGUGAAGGCUAGUGUAGUACAGAAAAGUAUUUUCCAUUA